GGAGAAAUGCUAGAAACCACAUGUGGCUGUUAGGAGCCAUAAUUCAGUUAUGGAGCGAUACAAAAUAGCUGCUCUGAAACGCUCAUUUGAAGUGGACGACGUGGACUCCGCCCUGCACUCCUCCUUGCCUCUUACACGCCGAGCACCAUCCAACUCUCAGCGUUUUGCUGUUUCUCCAACCAAUGGCCGGCAUUAUGAACUCUGCUCCAAUGGCACCAAGACUCCUGACACUACUAGGCCCAAAGUGAGAACCCCAGAACCACGCAGGACAGAGCUGGGAUUUGACAUCACAUCAAAAAACAAUGGCAAAGCUAUAGAUGACUCUCCCAGUCCUGGCACAGCUCGGUUUGGUCUGAAGAGGCCAGAUGUCUUGGGCCACAGUAAGACCCCUGAGAUGCAGAAGCACUCUGUCACCUUCAGCAAGACACUUGAAACCAUUGCUCCCAUCACACGUGCAGCUUCUAACAUUGCUCCACACGCAAGCGCUAAACUCCCAGAGACCACUUUCAGGAGAAGCGAACCACCGAGCCCUGGAGACGGAUUGGCGAGAGAGCCUGAAAUCAGCAUCACCAAAGCAACAGACAUCAGAGUUCAUGACAGUCAUCAUCCACUUGUUGUGACAAGGUGUCCAUCAUCUAAUCAUGCCGGCCUGAAAUCUCCUGGUGCUGAUGGACAUCGGUCAGAGGUCAUCACAAGUAUUCACAGCAGUAUGGCAGAUGCAGGAAAGAUGCCUGUGGAGCGGGGUGAGAAGACCAGCACAGAGUUUGGCUAUGUGGGUAUCGAUGCCAUCCUGGAACAGAUGAGGAGGAAAGCCAUGAAACAAGGCUUUGAGUUUAACAUCAUGGUUGUCGGUCAGAGUGGUCUGGGUAAAUCCACACUGAUGAACACACUUUUUAAAUCUAAAGUGAGCCGCAGAUCUGUGAUGACACCAGAGGAAGAGCAAAUCCCCAAGACCAUUGAGAUCAAGUCCAUCAGCCACGACAUCGAGGAAAAAGGAGUGAGAAUGAAGCUGACUGUCAUUGACACACCAGGCUUUGGAGACCAGAUAAACAAUGAGAAUUGCUGGCAGCCCAUCAUGAAAUUCAUUAAUGCACAGUACGAACAGUAUUUACAGGAAGAGAUCAACAUCGACAGGAAGAAGAGGAUUCCAGACUCACGAGUCCACUGCUGCAUAUACUUCAUUCCUCCUACCGGCCACUGUUUGCGGCCAAUUGACAUUGAGUUUAUGAUGCACCUGAGUAAAGUGGUGAACAUUGUCCCUGUUAUUGCCAAGGCAGACACACUCACCCUGGAGGAGAGAGACUUCUUCAAAAAGAAGAUAAGAGAGGACUUGCGAGCCAAUGAAAUCGAGGUCUACCCUCAAAAGGAGUUUGAUGAAGAUGCAGAGGACAGAAUGAUUAAUGAAAAGAUCAGGGAGAUGAUCCCGUUUGCUGUGGUGGGAAGUGAUCAGGAAUAUCAGGUCAAUGGAAAAAGACUUCUGGGCAGGAAAACAAGAUGGGGGACAGUAGAAGUUGAGAACACAGCACACUGUGAGUUUUCCUACCUGCGGGACCUGCUCAUCAGAACUCACAUGCAGAACAUCAAAGACAUCACAAGCAGCAUCCAUUACGAGAUGUAUCGCAUACGCAGAUUCAAUGAGAACAACACACAAACGAAUGGGCAGCCAGCAAUCCACGCCAACGGUAUAGCUGAGCAUGAAAUCCUUUCCCAUGAAAUGUAAACAUCAAUCUGCCCAUACAUCCAUCCAUUCAUCUGUCCAUCUGAUUCUACGUCAAUCCCAACAUUUUUAACAUCAACAUUUUCUUCCUGUAUUUACUCUGCCUCCAUUUUGUCUUGUGGUUUCAGCUGACCACUAAUUUUCCAAAAAAACAAAACAAAAAAAAACCUUAUGUGUGGAAAUGAAUCUGAGUGGCACGUUUAAGCCUGUAGCAAAAUGUGAUGUUCUGUAAUUUAUUUGUUUAGUAUUUUAUUAAAGAUGUACUACUGUGUGUCUUUUCAAUAUCCUCAUUUAAGGGAAUUACUCAGAGUGGAAAUAAUGACAUCUGUCAAAAGUGUACCAUGCCAUAGUCCAUAAAGCUUAAAUCAUUGGUUUAAUUUGAACUUGAUGAUCAUCGUAUGACUGUUCAGCAUUCAAAAAUGUUUAAAUAAAAAUGUGCUUUAGGGGCUUUAGAGCCGAAUAAAUAAGGUUUUUGUGUGAAAAUCUUUGACAUAUUUUCAUGGAACAAAGACAAACGUGGAAAAUUAUUUCUGGUGUAUUACAGUCCUGUACUCUAGAAAAUGUGACCCUGACCCUGAGCAGUCACUUCAUUUCAGACAUGAGGCUUGAUGAAUGUAGUCAAUGAAAACAUUUUUUAAUCAAGUGUUAACAGAUUUUAAGGCAUUUUAGUAGCCCCUUUUUUGUAGUGACUCUGCCCUGGUAUCUUCACUGAUUUUUGAUAUGUUCACGUACUUUGUGCCAUAUUUGCAUUUUUUUCAGUUUUUUUAAGCAUAGAUCAUUUAUAUUAUUAUUGUAAUUAUUGUGCUUUUUAUUUGUAAAACAAACUAAAUGUCCUUAUGUUUUUAGGCUAACAUUCAUAUUUUGAUUUGUAAAGAAUUAUGUAUUUAUAUACUGCAAGUUACCCAAAUGUAAUAGUAUGGUUUUUGUAGAUCACAUAUUUAGAUUUCCAGAAUGUUAUUACAGUGACCCUCAGUCUCAUUGUUUAGUAAAGCAAGUUCUGAAUCAGUCUAUCCAUCUCUCUUCAUUCUGUAUAAAUGCCACUGUGAUAUAUUAAUUAUAUGCAUUUUAUUUUGUUAGUGGAAAACCACAUCAUUAAUAAUUAUGUGGGCAGCUGAAUAAUUUGGUUAAUAAUAACAAAGUGUCCUGGAUAUAAGCCAUCUAUUUUUUAUUUUAUUUUUAUUUUUUUUACAAUGGUAAAAGGGUUUAUCUUAUGGACCUUAAAAUAUUUUUACCUGUUUGCAGAUGAUCUGUCUAAAUAAAUUUUUUGCUUAAAUAAUGUCUCUCUGCAUAUUUUGUAGGGCCUGAAUUUGGUGUGUUUUUAAUAAGAUAGCUAACAAAACAUCACAAUUUUGUCCCACCAAUUGUUGGCCAGUAAAUAGCAUUAUAUUAGAAUAACAUAUGAGCUUCUAUGGAUGUCAGCAAAUUCUUUGAGUCAAUCACGUUAUUUUCCAUCCCAAAACCAAAAAUAAUUUACAGUAUUCUAGUGUCCUGUUUGACCCUGAUUAUGUCCAGGCUGAGAUGUACUUUAAAACAGAUAAUUUUAUUAAUAUUGUACACCUUAUUGUAUUUUGUUGUAGUAUAAGUUCAGAGUUAUCGUAUUGAUUUGAAAAAUAAAAAUACAAAUAAAGGUUGCUAUUUUUUAUUGUCAUCAAAUUUUGUGUGUGAUAUUUUGUAUGCAUGCAUAUGUUAUUGGUAAAAAGUCCUUAUUGAAUGGAAUUUGUUUUAUAUAAUUAUUGUUCAUACAGUACAUUCAAUGUUGUAAGAGAAAAUGUACACUCAUUAUAUGGCUAAAUUAACCAACUGCUGGGAUUGUGAUUUGUUUCUGCACAUGUUGGUGAAUGUCUGUGAAUCAGGAGGUAAUGUCACUUAAGUAGGCCAUCUGCGGUAAUGAUUAUGGGGAAAUUAUGCUGAAUUGAAUGUAAGAAUACCAUGGUGAAAAUGUAAUAAAAAAAAAA